AUGUCGAGAUCAUCAUCCAGAAGAAAUAGUUAAGCUAUCAGUUCUCUCUUAAAUUAUGCGAACUCUGAUGAUACUUAUAAUGUCAAAGCUAUCAUUUAUGAAAAUCACAAUCAUAAUCUGUUAAUCCUUAAAACACAAAAAUUAUAUACUUGUAUAAGAUUUGAUAAUAAAAGUAAUUCAUCUUUCUUGUUACAACAACAACGAACAAUUAAGUGAAUUGUAUUUUUAAUACAUUUAAGCAUAAAUAGAUAAAAACAUUCAUACAAAAGAAGAAGUUGAGUAAUGGGUUAAUUAACAAAAUGAUGAAGGGUUCACUGCAUUACACCUUGCAUCAUACAGAGGAUCAUUGGUAUUCUAUUUUCUUAUAAUAGAAAACUAUAAAAUUACUUGAAUAAUAUGGAGCAGAUUAUCGAAUCAAAAACUAUAAUGGUAAAUGAUUAUAUGCUAUAAAAGAGUUAACUGUCUUACAUACAGCUUCUUAAGGAGAUUGUCCAUUAACAAUAUAUUAUUAUUUAUAGAAAGGAAUAGCAGUUAAUGUAGUUGAUAAUAAAGGUUCAUCUCCAUUACAUUGGGCUGCUUAUUCAGGAGCAUAUAAUGCAGUAAAUUUUUUGAUUUCAUGGAAUGCUAAUUUAAAUCUUCAAGAUACAGAUACUUCUGUGACUCCUUUGCAUCUAGCUACAAUGUAAGCCAAUUCUAGAAUAGUUCGAAAACUAUUAAUGAAAGGAGCAGACCGUUCAUUAAAAGAUUCUAGUGGUAAAACACCUUUGGAUUUGGCUAUAGAGAGUGAUUUCAAAACAGUUGCCACAAUGAUUGUAGAUAAUUGAAAUAAUUAUAGCGAGAUAAAGAUGAUAUUCUUAUAUUUUGUAAUGUUAGAUAACCAUUUAGACCAAUGACUUAAAAAAGGAAUAGUUAAAUAGCUUUUUUAACUAUGUAUAUGACUUGUUUUAUAUUGACUAUUUUGUUUACUUUUCCAUGUAACUAUUUACUCUAUAUAAUUUAUAGUUGUUACUAAUACAACUUGGAUGUGGAUCUUUUUUGCUCUCACAAGCAUAACUGUUAUAUUUUUCUUUGUUUCUUGUGCAAAAGAUGCUGGAGUAGUAUAAACAGAUCAUAAAUUAAAUAUGUUACAAAUAUUGGAACGAUAUGAUUGUUCAAAUAUUUGUGCUGAUUGUAAAGUAUUUUUACAAUUUCUAAUAGUAGUUAGUUAGACCUAAGAGAUCAAAACAUUGUGAUGUUUGUUAGAAAUGUGUUAUGGUAUAUGAUCAUCAUUGUCCUUGGAUAAAUAAUUGUGUUGGAGCAAAGUAACUAAAUUCUGUAAAUAUAGAAAUCAUUUUGUAUUCUAUUUUUUCAUUCUCAGUUUGUUUUUUGAAUUUAUUUUGCAAUUAUUUAUGCAAUCUUCUCAUUACAAUUCAUAUACUGUUCAAAGAUGGUUUUCAAAUACUGAAGAUUGGAUUUUAAUAGGAAAAAAAUUUACAUUUUAUUAUGUCAUCAUAUAUUGUUGUCUAUUUAUUAUACCAUUGGGGUAAUUGAGAUUUAUAUAAUUAAGAAUUCUGAUUUACAUUUAAUCAAUAAAUUUAUUGACAGGAUAAACAACUUUUGAGAGACAUAGUUUAGGAGCACCUGAAACAAAGAAUGAAAAAUUAAAUGAGAAAAGUGCUAUAAAUUAAAGUGAAGAUUAAUCUAUGGAAUCAACAGAAUAAGGAUAAGGUGGAACAUAAUAAUAAUAAUAAAAUAAUGUAUAAUAAUAAAAGAUGGAAUAAUCACAUUUGAGUUUAGGAAACUGUUUUGAAAUGUGUUUUAUAAAUAAAAAGAAUAAAGAAUACAGUAGUGAAUUAUCAACAGAAUUUAUUGAACUUUGA